AAAAAAGUUGGCUGAAGUCAUAACAUCAGAGUGGUUUUUAAGUUUUUAAAUUAUUUCGCUAUACAAAUCGUUUAAUAUUAAAAAAAAAGUACAGAUGCGUUGCCAACUUUUAGCAUUGGGCAUUUUCGUCGCGCUUCUUUCAUUCGCCUACACUGCGCAGGUUUGUGUCCUGGAUAUGCGCAAUUGUAGGCGCCAGAAAAACGUUUGCGCACGCUUCGGCCAAUCGAAUUUGUGUCAGAGUUUUAGUAACUACUGUGCUCUGCAAUCCGCUAAUUGUCAGCACACAGCGCAAUACACCGUGGUAAAUUCGUCCCUUUGCAGCCAGUUGAGUAACGGCGUAAGAGGUUUUUGCCUUAGACAAACUGGUGGUAACAGUGGUACCGGUGGUGUCGGUGGUGUCGGUGGUGUCAGUGGUGUCGGUGGUGUCGGUGGUGUCGGUGGUGUCAGUGGUUUCGGUAGUGUGGUCAAUGGACAGCCAAUUCUUCUUAGAGACUAAAUUUUGUGUUGAAAUUUUGAUAUAUUUUUAUGCACUUACUUUUUUCGUCAAAUAUUCCAUGUUAAUUGAAAUUUAUUUAUUUUUGUGAAUUACCCCUAGUUUGAUGUUUAUUAGUUACCUACAUUUUUAAUAAAAAUAAAUAAAUGUUUACACAAA